AUGGCAUUUACAUCUAAAUAUUAUGCUGAUGGAAGCCUAUUCAACCUAAAACAACUGAAGGCUCACUCCAAGACCCUAAAUUACCACGUUCGAGGGCUACUUUUUGCCGACAAUACCGCCCUCAUAAGGGCGGUUCACAUAAGUAAUUCUGCAGCAUUUAAUAUCCUGCUUUGCAAGAUCGCUGAGUUUUUCGGUUGGAUAAAGGUUGAAGAAAACAGAACUAUCUGGGUAGCAUCAUUUCUUCUAACGCCAAGAUCGACAAAGAGAUUAACUGACUGUAAAGGCAUGCAGAGCUUUCGGAAAACUCCAUGA